AUGGCGGACGUGGUCUCCGACCUGGUGCUGUCCUUCUUCUGCUGCUGCUUCUACGCUCCCGGCGACCUCCGCGGCGCCGGCGGCGCGCACCCCUACGGCGGCGGCCACGCCCACCCGGCCGGCCGCAACGCAGCGUGCUGCCACCGCGCCGCCAGCGGCCGGGGCAGGCGCGUGUCCCUGCAGACGGUGGAGCUCAAGGUCCGGAUGUGCUGCGACGGCUGCGAGCGUCUGGUAAGACAAGCUCUCCGAAACCUCCGAGGAGUGGACAGCGUGGAGGUGAGCGUGCCGAUCGAGAAGGUGACGGUGACGGGCUACGUGGACCGGGCGGAGGUGCUGCGCGAGGUGCGGCGGAGCGGGAGGAAGGCGGAGUUCUGGCCGCUGUGGUUCACGUCCCCGAGGAGUUACUUUAAGGACGGCGGCUCGUACCACCGCGACAGCUACAACUACCGCCGCCACGGGUACAGCGACGACGGCGACCGGCACGGGCGCAUGCGCGAGCCCGCCCGCGGCGCCGGGCCCGCCGGCAACAUGUUCAACGACGACGACGUCAACGCCGCCUGCCGGAUCAUGUGA